GGUUUCCCCAAUAGAAAAACAGAAAAGAUGUUGGAUAUUAAGGCUUGGGCUGAAUACAUUGUGGAGUGGGCUGCAAAGGACCCAUAUGGCUUUCUUACUACGGUGAUCCUGGCCCUUACACCAUUGUUCAUAAUUAGCGCAGCACUGUCGUGGAAACUUGCAAAAAUGAUUGAGGCCAGGGAGCGAGAGCAAAAGAAGAAACAGAAACGCCAGGAAAAUAUUGCAAAAGCCAAACGAACAAAGAAGGAUUAAUUGGGCAAAAAUGCCUUCCUUGUAUGAAGAAUCAACCUCUUUUUUAAAUGAAGCACUGCUGUAUGUUAUGUUUUCUGUUGUAACUUUCAAUACUUGAUCCUAUGAUUUCUUGAAGUUUGAAAUUUAACUCCUGAGAUAUUAUUUCUGCUGAAAUGAUUUGUCUUAAAGUUUACAUGGCACUUGAUACCACCACUUCUUCUACUACUUGUGUACUAAUGCAACUUGCUUUUCUAAAUGUGCAUGUUAAAUUCAGAAAUAAAUCUGCUGGGUGGGGGUGGAUAUUUUUUCCUUAAUUGAGCUAUUACUUAACAAUUGUCUUAAAUGUGUCAAUUAAAUUAUGGGAAAAAUGUAAACUGAUUCCUUAAUGCUGUGAUCUCUGGUUCCUUGUAUAGCAAGUCACUCUCUUUAUUUUUAUUGCUGUAGGAACUUUCUGCAGCAGUAGUCUGUGGUGUGCUUACAGACAUUUGUAGUUCAUGGCAAACAGGAUUACAGAAAGGCAAGUUUUGGCAUACCUGUGGCAGACAAAAUAACUCCAAAGUUUUGCAGUCUGCUAGCAUAUCUUACUGAUUUCCUUUAAGGACCCUUCAUCUGAAGUAAAAAUAUUAACACAGAUUCAAUGAUGAUGAGCUUUGGUCCCACAGAGGUAGCUUAUUUCAUGGUGGGGCUUGUCUGCACAGAGAAACUAAACUUUGCUUUUUCUAGUUCCUGAACUAACAGCCAUCAACAGUCUUUUUAGAGUCUAAACUCCAGGAAGCUGGUGGUUGUUCCUGACAUCUUAAAAUGUUUCAGGCCACUCGUGUUCUACAAAAUAUGCUACUUUUUUUGUUUGUUUGUUUUCCCUAAUUAUCACCCGAACACUCUAGCUAUAACCUGUUUCUGCCUUCAGAAACUUUUUAUGCCUAAAAGAACAGCCAUAAAUGGGGUCAGACCAAAGGCCCACCUGGCCUAGUAUCCUGUGUGUUAGUGGCCUAUAGUAGAUGGUUGUGGAACAGUAUAUGAGGAGGAUAUGCACAUUGGUGAUAAUUCCUGCCAUUUUCUAACGUUCUAGCUACAUGUGAUUUAGGACCUUCUGAGUUUAGGUUUUUUUUGUUGUUGUUCUCAUAGCCCUUGGAACUCUGCUGAUCUCCAGGUUGCAAAAAGUUGGCAUUGUGAAAAAGUCCAAAUUGGCUUAUGUUGUAAAUAUGCCAAAGUUAUUUAACCUUAGUUUCAAUUCAUUUUUAACAGAAAUGAUUAGUUUUUCAAAGCUUAAGGUUCAUUAUUAGUCUAGUUCUAAAGAGGCUGUGGCAGUCAUUAGGUUAUUAGACUCAGCAUGUCUCUAAACAGCAGCACAUAGUUGUGCUUUCCAGCAUUUAGUCCAUUCAUCAUGUGUGUUUUCUAAAAAAAAAAAAAAAAAAA